ACCACUCGCGUGGGAGAAUCAUCUGCGACGGAUAGUUAUAGACAUGACUGUUGCAUCGACGCAUCUGGACUGAUUUUGGUCAAUAAAUCUGGUCCGUCUAGGGUUCGAUUGAAAACAUGCGUCUGGACAUCCAGUUGUCGUAAAUUGAAGUGUUGAUCUGCCGGACUGUGGAGAUGUCAAGGCUGGAAUGAUUCGGCACUCCAGGAUGCAACUUUAUCAGAUGUUCAGCUCCAGUUUGAGAGUGGAGGAAAUUAUUCGUAUCUUCUUCUUGAUUGACAAGGGGUAUGUUGAGCGGGGGAUGAUGAAGCCAAGUCAGGUUGAGUUCACCAAUGUUCGUCCAAGCUGUAAUAUUUCCACCCAAAGUCUGGACAUUGCUAAGCCAUUCGCGACAUCUGGAGUCGUCCAGGAGCUUGUGGACAUUGCUUCAUCAAAACUAAGGCUCGUCCGUUAAAAAGAUCGAAUAGACUGAUAAGAUAUUUUGGAAUGGUGAAGUAGUGUGAUUUACCAUCAAAGUCGACAGCAUCGGAGUUGCAAAGGGCUGCUGCAGUAGCGACCUCACUUCGAAACAGAUCUUCAAUGUCAUUCUCGGAAGAUAUGAAAGAUAGAAAUCAUUGGACGUACGGAUUCAAGAUAUCUGGUCAUGGAGUUGUGGACGGGAUCCAUUCGAGCGGCGAUU